CACCGCUUUACUCAUCAUCGUAGCCUUCCAGUGUUUUCCUUGGUCCCGUUGGAACUGCAUUGGAUUAGCUUUUCCGAUUCCCGUCUUACCCUUUUCCUUGGAACCUACUUGGAUAUGUGAGGGGUAUCUCCGGUCUCUUGCCAUCUCCCAACAUUCUGCGGAUCGGCGGAACGACCAAAACAGUGACUGGUCCCAUGCUUCCAAUGACAAUCGAGUAGAAAAUCGCGGGCUUCUCAAUCGCUGCCCAUCGUAGGUACCGCAGUGGUUGCGAAAAGAAUCGUGGAAGGGUCGACAUCGUGUCUAUGGACAUUAGGAUCAUUCCAAAGCUCGAAAAGCACUACACUCACUCAAUUGAUGAGGGCGAAUUCAAUGGUUGAAGCCUCGAUGUUAAGUCCAAAGCUCGGGCCGUAAAUAUCACGUGCAGCUCUGCGGAUCAACGGUUCUUCCGCUUCAGCUUGGCAUUGCAUACGUUUCCUAAAGCUCCAGGACGCGCAGCAUCCAGAUCCCAGCCAGAUUCAGAGUUGGAAUCCCAUAUUCAAAGAACGACAAUGAGGUGGACACUACCUGCGCUUUUCCUAGGGAUAGGCUCCCUGGUGGAGGCACUGAAUGCGAAAGGUGAUUACAGAACGUUGGUUGUGCUGGAGGAAUUGGCAGAGAAGUCCAAAUACUCGAAAUAUAUUGCCGAUUUAGAAGAUAGAGGAUUUUCACUCACAUUUGAAUCACCAAAGAACGAGAAGCUUGCCCUAUUCCACUUGGGAGAGAGGGCAUUUGACCAUGUCCUUAUUCUCCCCUCCAAGUCGAAGGGACUCGGACCAAAUCUUACUCCGAAACUUCUCCUCGAUUUCAUCAAUGGCGGCGGGAAUAUUAUGUUGACUUUGUCCUCCUCGGUACCGACACCAAGUUCCCUCGUAUCUCUCCUCCUCGAGCUCGACAUCCACCUCCCUACAGACCGCAAUGCUCUCGUAGUAGACCACUUCAACUACGAUACCCUUAGUGCUUCCGAGCAGCACGAUGUAAUCUUACUUCCCCGACCAGACGCCAUCCGACCAGAUGUCCAGAACUUCUUCAAGGGCGAUGGAAAGGGUGGAGAUGUCAUUGCGUUCCCAAGAGGUGUUGGACAAACUCUUGGAAACACUAGUCCACUUUUGACACCAAUCCUUCGAGCUCCCCGAUCUGCAUACUCAUACAACCCCAAGGAUGAUGUUGAGGGUGUGGAGGAUCCAUUUGCCGUUGGCCCACAAUUGUCCUUGAUCACAACUAUGCAGGCACGCAACUCUGCGCGCUUCACCGUGAUUGGAUCAGCAGAGAUGCUCGAGGACAAGUGGUUUGAUGCUAAGGUCAAGCGAAGUGUUGGAUUGGGCGGUGUUGGAACUGAUGCCAAGACCGUAUCAACAGUCAACCAGGAAUUCAUCAAGGAAGUUACUGGCUGGACUUUUGGAGAGAUUGGAGUUCUACAAGUCUUCAACGUCGAACACUACCUCAAUGAAAGUGGUGUCAGGAGCAAUGUUACCAACCCAAAGAUAUACAGAGUCAAGAAUGAUGUGACAUAUAACAUUGAGAUCCGAGAAUAUCUUUGGGACAGAUACCGACCGUUUGUUCCCCCGGCGGGCGAUUCUAUUCAGCUCGAAUUCUCCAUGCUCUCGCCAUUCCACCGACUUCCACUUCAAAAUGUCAAAUCUUCAUCUGGCUGGGGACAAUACACAGCAAGCUUUAAGCUUCCCGACCAACACGGAAUCUUCAAUUUCAAAGUCAACUACAAGCGACCAUUUUACACCAAUAUCGAAGAAAAGAACACGGUCACCGUACGCCACUUCGCUCACGAUGAAUGGCCAAGGAGUUGGGUUAUUAGUGGCGCAUGGCCUUGGAUUGCGGGUAUUGGAGUCACUGUCACUGGAUGGGUUGCAUUUGUUGCUCUAUGGUUAUGGAGCAAGCCCGUUCCUUUGAAGUUGACGACUAGUGGAAAGAAAGUCCAAUAGUUGGGGGGUCAGGAUGGUUUGGGGUCCUGUAUCUGUAUGAUUACAAAAUUAAAAGUGUAUAGGGCAUAGAUACAAUGUCA